CUAUACUACAUUUUUACACAUAUUACACAGAACAUUAACUCAGCCAGCUGCAAAAACUAUAAGAAACCAUGGACUGCAAGGCUCCCGGAUUGCCAGAAAGUGUAAGUGGCUCGGAGGUGACCCACUGCAGCAUCUCCGCGUUGGAUGACAUCCCGGUGCAAUACGAGGGCACUUCCUCCGAAUUAGAACUGCCGAAGGCCUUCGAGAAACUGGAGAAGAUGAAGCAGCGGGUGCUGCAUUUGCGAGGUCUACUAAUUCGCCCAUUGCAGUCGAAUAAAACCGAUUGUGCCCCAGACUUCGACCACAUGCAGCUGGAUAUCGAGAAGACCGGCUCGAAUAAUGUUAAAUUAAGGUCUAUUCAGCAGGAAACUGCUAAGGCCUACGAACAGAUCGCCGAAGUGAGUCGGCGACUCAAGGAGUCCAAAGUAUUUCUAACCAGACUGGACAAAAAGGUCCAGCGAAACAUUCAAUGCACCAGGAAAUUGUCGAAGAAGCUGCUCGAGGUGCCCAAAUGGCAGGAGGAGCUAAAGCACAACACUGGAUUGUGCCUGGAGCGAUACCACGACCUGGACAUUUCCAGGGGCAACUAUCUCGAGUACAGCGACAAUUACGUGCGACCCACUCAAACCAACUUAAAAGUCAGUUUUGCCUCCAAGGUUCCCAUUAUUUGCUACAGGCAAGAUCACAUCGAACUGUCCAGCGCGUUGAGUAGAGCGCGGAAGCUGCUCCUCAAGUGCUACGACCACCUGAUGAAGUUCACCCAGAACCUGGACGACGCCCUAAAUCCGGAAUACGAUAACACCAAACUACUGCCAUCGGUCUCGGAGCUUUCGCUGAUUGUCCAGCAGAACAACAAUCUGCCCAAGACCAGGAGAUCCAGCAUAAAGAUGCGGCGAUCCUUCAAGUUCGCCUGGGCUGCUCCUUUGCCCAAGCAGGAGAAGCACUGGCUCUACGUCCCGGAUUCCGAUGAUGAUAAUUGAAAGUGCAGGCGACCGCAAAAACAUAGCAUAUAUUGUGUAAUUUGAAGUCCCGUCCAGUUCCGAUGGUUUGCGGGGCAAUAAUGCGCAUAAUGAAUAUGCACACGGACAGGCGGAAUAAAACACACACUGACUGGGGCUAA